CACUCUCUCUCUCUCCUUCUGAUAUGUCAAAAUCCUCCGAUCCAACCAUUUUUUAUUCUUCGAACUGUUUUUAUAUUUCUGAAAAAUCUCACUUUCGUUAUCCGUUUACAAUUUCGACCAAGAAGCGUCUUCUCAGUGACAGGCUAGCAUGCAAAGAUUCAUAUAACAAGUGUAUAUAUAUAUAUAUAUAAAUAAUUAUCCAAAUAUUUGAAAUAAUAUAUUUGCUUGAGAAAAUUGAACCUUGAGCUCGAAUUGUUGGUGUGGAAAGAGAGUUUGGAACAUGGUGGGUGGUAUUGUUGGGAGUAACAUGGCGGCGACUGAUGCGAGGAGGUUUCUAAGUUCGAAUUUUGGCAACAGUUUCAGCAGAAUCCACAGAUGGGAUUUCCACGAUCGGUCCCAGAUCGCAAUCCCUAGAGCUCAAUCUUCUUCAUCCUCCGACAAGAACCGCCGCGAAAAGAAGCCCAGGAACCGACCCGUCACCACAGCUACAAAGGAAGGCGAAGAGACGUCUGCGAAGAAACUCGACGCACCUCCUCCCCCGCCGCCUCCGCGGACUCAGUCUCCGUCUCCGCCGCCGCUGAAACUCGACGAUGUGAAUCCCGUGGGUUUGGGACGGCGAUCGCGGCAGCUCUUCGACGAGGUGUGGCGUAAAUUCUCCGGCUUGGGUCAGAUUUCGAGGACGACGAGACCCGAUGAGCAGGAUGCUCUCGACAGUCUUCUCAUCAGAGAAGGGCCUAUGUGCGAGUUCGCCGUCCCCGGCGCUCAAAACGUCACCGUUUUAGUCGUUGGAGCCACUAGCAGAAUCGGCCGUAUCGUCGUCCGUAAACUCAUGCUCCGUGGCUACACCGUCAAGGCACUGGUGAGGAAAACAGAUGAGGAAGUGAUAAGCAUGUUGCCAAGAUCGGUAGAUAUUGUGGUCGGUGACGUGGGCGAACCGUCAACGCUUAAGUCUGCGGUGGAAAGCUGCAGCAAGAUCAUCUAUUGCGCCACUGCUCGGUCUACUAUCACUGCUGACCUCGUCCGGGUUGAUCAUUUGGGUGUUUAUAACCUCACCAAGGCUCUUCAGGAUUACAAUAACAGACUAGCGCAGCUGAGAGCUGGUAAAAGCAGCAAAAGCAAGCUUUUGAUUGCCAAGUUCAAGUCUGCUGAGGCGCUUGACGGUUGGGAAGUUCGUCAAGGGACUUACUUUCAGGACACAACUGCUUCUAAAUAUGAUGGUGGGAUGGAUGCUAAGUUCGAGUUCACCGAAUCUGAGAGAGCUGAGUUUUCAGGUUAUGUUUUCACCCGAGGAGGAUAUGUUGAGUUGUCUAAGAAACUUUCACUUCCACUAGGUUCCACUCUUGACAGGUAUGAAGGCUUAGUUCUUUCUGUUGGUGGGAACGGAAGAUCCUACGUUGUAAUCCUUGAAGCUGGUCCUUCAUCAGAUAUGUCUCAGAGCAAACUGUAUUUCGCUAGGAUUACUACCAAAGCUGGAUUUUGUCGAGUAAGGGUACCAUUUUCAGCUUUUCGUCCGGUUAAUCCAGAAGAUCCACCGCUAGAUCCGUUUCUCGUUCAUACAUUGACAAUACGUUUUGAGCCUAAAAGACAGAGACCAGUUGAUGGUGUUGCUGGUGCACAACAGGAUCUAAGAAGCUUUAGCCUUGUAUUCGAGUACAUCAAGGCUUUGCCUGCCGGUCAAGAAACCGACUUUAUAUUGGUUUCAUGUACUGGUUCUGGAGUAGAACCCAACAGAAGGGAGCAAGUGCUAAAAGCUAAGAGGGCUGGUGAAGAUUCAUUGAGAAGAUCAGGCCUUGGAUACACCAUUAUUCGUCCUGGUCCCUUGAAGGAGGAGCCAGGCGGUCAACGAGCUCUGAUAUUUGAUCAGGGAAACAGAAUAUCUCAGGGCAUUAGUUGCGCGGAUGUGGCUGAUAUUUGUGUCAAGUCACUGCACGAUUCAACGGCGAGAAACAAAAGCUUCGAUGUUUGCCAUGAAUACGUUGCUGAGCAAGGAAUAGAGCUCUACGAGCUGGUGGCUCAUUUGCCAGACAAGGCGAACAACUAUCUGACUCCUGCUUUAUCUGUACUUGAGAAGAACACAUGAUACAAAGUUUCCCUCGCAAUCCAGAAAUGAAAAGGAAGAAUCCUUUUUCUGCUGUUGUAUUCAUCUCAACCUCUGAUAUACAUUACAUAUAUACAUACGUGUACUUGUAUAAUCUGUACAGACAAGAAUCUCUUCUUCCUUGGUAUCUAUCUCCUCUGACAUUGUUGUCUUAUAUUCAUCUUUUGAGUUUGUGUAAUACAAGAAAAGGGUGCGAAAUUCUUGUUUUCUA